GUUGUGACGUCACAGCUUGGCCCCAAUGGUGCCCAAAGCCCCCUCCUCCCUCCUCUCCUGCUUCUUCUUCUUCUUCUUCUCCUUCUCCUCCUCCUCCUCUUUUCCUUCCCCCUCCUUCUAUAAGGGGGCAAAGCUUGGAAGGGAAGCUGGCCAGAAGCGAAAGGAAGAAGAGAGGAAAUAAAGGCACCCAGGGAGGGGAUUUGCCCCGCUUUCGUCGCGUUGGAACCGGCGCCGCCAUGUUGGAAGCCCCUUCCUCCUCGCCGCCCUCGCCGCCUCCGCCUCUUCCUCCCCCGGAAUCCCCUCCGCACGCCAGGCAACUCCUGCUCCAACUCAACGCUCAGCGGACCAAGGGCUUCCUGUGCGACGUGGUGGUGGUGGUCCAGAACGCGCUCUUCCGGGCCCACAAGAACGUCCUGGCGGCCAGCAGCGCCUACCUGAAGGCCUUGGUGGUCCACGACAACCUGGUCAACCUGGACCAGGAGAUGGUCAGCCCGCCCGUCUUCCGCGCCGUCCUGGACUUCAUCUACACCGGUCGCCUGGGAGGGACCGACUCCCACGAAGGGCCGCCAUCGGAAGAGCCCUCCUUGGGGGCCAUCUUGGCCGCUGCGAGCUACCUCCAGAUCCCAGAUUUGGUGGCCCUUUGCAAGAAGAAGCUCAAGCGUUCGGGGAAGUACUUCCCCCUGCGAGGAAACGGCAACGGGGGUGGCAUUUACUCGCCGUUGGGCAAGCUGGCGAGAGGUCUCCGGGCCGCCACGCCGGUCAUCCAGAGCUGCUUUGGGCGGCCCGGCGACGGAGGCAACCCCUUGAGCACCCAUUGUGCCGAACUGUACGCCGCAUCGCAGGCUGGGCUCCUUUGCGCCCCUUUGUGCGGGUUGGAUCUCUCCAAAAAGAGCCCCAACGGACAGCUGGGUCCUCCUCUUCCUCCGGUGCCGCCGUCCUCUCAGGCUCGCCUGAGGUCGACAAUAGAAGCCCCCCCAAACCCUCCAUUGCACGAGGAGCCGCCUCAGGUCCCACAGCCGCCCUUCCACCAUCAUCCUCCGCCGCAUCCUCUCCUCCAUCAUCCUCACAUCGGCACCGAGGCGGCUAUCUUGGAGCCUUCGAACCGGCCCGAACUAGGCCCGGACUUUAUUUACCGCUGGAUGAAGCACGAACCGUUGAGUUACGUGGAGGAGGAGGAGGAGGAAGGCCAGAGGAGGACGAAGGAAGGCGAAAAGGUAGCCUCCCCUUCACCGACGAGGCCCUUCGUGGACGGGGAAAGGAAUUCGGUCACGGCCGAGAACGAGAAGAGCAGCAGCGAAAUGGAAGAGGAAGAAGAGGAUGACGAAGAGGAAGAGAGCGCCGGGAGCAGCGGAGGGGGCCCGUCUCCCAGCCUGGAGCGCUUUCUGGGCUACGGAGACUCGGCCGAAGGCUUCGGAGGGGACAAUUUAUACGUCUGCAUCCCUUGCGGGAAGGGCUUCCCGUCUUCGGAGGAGCUCAACGCGCACGUGGAGGCUCACAACGAGGAGGAGGAGGCGCUGGAGAAAUCGGUGCCGGCGCCGGCUCCUCCGAUGUCGGCGCCGCCUUCGGCUCCGGCGGACCUCUUGCGACCGUACCGGUGCAAUUCGUGCGAGAAGGCCUACAAGGACCCGGCCACGCUCCGGCAGCACGAGAAGACCCACUGGCUGACCCGGCCGUACCCGUGCUCCAUCUGCGGCAAGAAGUUCACGCAGCGCGGCACCAUGACGCGCCACAUGCGCAGCCACCUGGGCCUCAAGCCCUUCGCCUGCGAGGCCUGUGGCAUGCGCUUCACCCGCCAGUACCGCCUCACCGAGCACAUGCGCAUCCACUCCGGGGAGAAACCUUACGAGUGCCGCGUCUGCGGAGGGAAGUUCGCCCAGCAGCGCAACCUCCUCAGCCACAUGAAGAUGCAUGCCGCGGCCGCCGCCGCAGCCGCCGCUCAAAGCGUGACGCCCGAAGCUCUCCGCUUAGGCUUCUCCCCGGAAGGGCCGCAUCACCCGCUUCUCGCCGAUCCGAAGACGGCCUUGCAAGGCUUGUAUCUCGGCCUCGGGCCGGACAAAGCGGCCCAAAUCUUGGCCCAAAGUGCGGCACUCAGCCAAAUGAACCACGAGGGAUCCCUCUCCGGGCCGCGGGGCUUGGAGCGCUUCUCGCCUCCUUGACGGCGGUGGGGCGCCAGCAUGCGGACCCUCUUUGCAAUGGACCAAAGAACCCCCCGCCCCCUCACUGAGCCUGGGUACAGAAGGGGACCACUUUGGCCAGCUUUGCCAUGGAUGCCGAGAUUGGGGUCUCCUUCACUCCCCUAAAUAGACCUGUUUGAAUAAGGAAAGAGGGGUCUUUCUGGGCCAAACAGUUUGACUAAGGCUUUGGUGGAGACCCCUCCCCAAAAAAGGGCCUAAUUAAAGAUGGGGGACCUCUUUCGCCUUUGGGUAUGGAAGAGAGCCCUCUCGGUGGUCCGAGACCCCCGAAAAAGGGACCUUGUUGGAUGAUUGGAGCCUUGCCGAAAGCUAGACGUCCACUUUGGCCACUCUUCAAUGGGCAAAGAGGCUUCGAUAGAGCCCCCUCCCCUCAAAAAAGGAUUCACUUUGGGGUCUUUGUUGAGCCAGACCCCUUUGCCUAUGGUGGGCAACGUGUCCCUCCCCAAAGGAUUCAAGUUGACAACUUUGGUUGUUUUUACUAUGGACGCCAAUGGGCAAAGCCCUAGACGGAGACCCCCCCCCCCCCAAAUAGACCUGACGGCAAACGGACUGGACCCUCCUUGGAAGACUCAGCCUUCUCGCUGAGCCAGACCCAAAGGUAGACAGAAAAAAAAAUUGUGUGCAAUAUGCCCAGCUGUUUGGACUGCGAGUCCCAUCGCUCCCAGUCUGUAAGGGAUUGUGGGAGUGGUAGUCCCAGAAAUAGAUGUGUGCGUGCGUGCGUGCGGGGGAAACAAUCAAAACAGAGCAAACUUUGGAGUCUCUUUUGGUAUUUUUUAUUUUUCGGGGAGGGGGAAAGCAAUAUAUUGGACGGGAAAGGGUCCCCCAAAGGCCGUCUAGUCCAACCCUUUAACCUCACAUUGGGCAUUUUUGGGGGACCCGCUUAUUUCUGAGCCUAUUUUUUGCAAUGUGAAAAAGUACGUGACCGUCCGGAAAGAAAAGUGUGUUUGUGGGUCUGUUUUGUGCAGAUUGUGGCCUUCUUUUUGACUUUUUUUUCCCUUCGAAGCCAAAGAUAUGUUUUUGGGGUGUUAUGUAUUUUGGGGGGACGGGGGACGUGUGAUGCGUGCUUGUGUGUUUCUCCUCCUUUGGACAAAGACAAAACACUCCGUUUGUCCGCUCAAACCAAAGCUGGGGGUCCUUCUUGCCCUGUUGGGAACCCCAUAAGCAGAGGCGAUUUGGGGGUCCCAACAGGGCGAGAAAGACCUCCAAACACCAGUGAAUAUCGGGGGACAGACACCUCUCUCUCUCUAUUAAAAAAGCCAUUGACCCCAAGGGGGAAAAAUAACCCAAAUGUGAAGCUUGUCCCCCCGUUCUUUUGUUUUGCACACCCCCCAAAACUGAGCCAGCAGCCCACUCCCCAUUUUGCAGGACACAGCGGGCUCUUUGCCCCCCCAAAACACCCCCCCCCCCGAAAAGCUGUGUUUCUCUGGUUGCGUUUCGUUUUCUGUACAGAUAUUUUUUCUAUCACUCCCUUCUUUUUUUUAUACCGGAACGAAAGGCAAUAAAUGUUCUUUUCUUUCAAGCACCAAAAA